AUGGCGCAAGAAAUGCAUAUUGGUACGAAAGACCGGCCGGCACUGCAACAGAUCAAGUCUUUCACUCGCUUUGAGCCGGCGGAACCAUCCAAAUCUUCAAGGCUGAGGGCAAACACAAUUCAAGUCAGAGCAGCUGAAGGCCGGAAUGGAACCUCAUAUCCUGUAUCGCCAGGCCGAGCAUCUCAAAUGUCACCAGAAGAUGUCUUCGAGAAGAAAACUCAGAUUAGUCCAAUGCCAGAUCUGGAGCAGUCGCUUAAUCGUGCCCAGAGCUUACCGGCGCGAUUCGAUGAACUUCCUGUGGAGCUUGCCAGUCUUACAGACAGAUUUAUCGAGUCAUUGACAGCCAGAGUCUACUCUGAACCUCCUACCAUAGACAAGCUUUCUGAUCUAUUCCAAGAUUUCUAUUCGAGGGCCAGCUCACAUAUUUCUACUCACAUAGCUACAUUGGCGCUUCGCAUUGAUCGAGAUUCGUCCCACUCGUCCCCGAGCCUUGAAGCACUGAAGGGAACAAUGCCUUCCAGGAGCAAACAGCUUGCCCGGAAGCAGAGUAAGGAAUCGAUAGCUUCACUUGACUCUAAUUUCGAACAUCAAAUGUUGACGGCCUCCGAGGUAGCAGAGAAGAAAAAAGCACGAAAGCUGCUCGAGUACAAGAAGUUGGCCUUGGAAGAGGCGGUGGAACGAAGAGCAUGUGAGAAAGUGUAUAACAGCAUCUGGCGCCACAAAAGCACAUUAGAUGAAGUACGUGACGAGAAGCUGAGAUCAAAGACCGCAGCACUGGCGUUGGUCGGAAUUGGAUUGAAAGAUCUGGGGAUUGAAAUCGAUCUUAAGAGUACACUGACAGAAGAUGAUAUCCGUGAUUCACUUGCUCCGGCCAGGGACGAACUGGGCAGGAUGAAUCAAGAGAAAAGUCCUCUAGGGAAAUUGCAAUGUUUAACUAUUGCACACAAGACAAUAGUGGAUACUCUGUCCACAAUCCACCCAGCAUCCUCCUCAGCUGAUGAGGUCCUGCCUACUCUGAUAUACACUUUGAUCACAUCCCCACCCGAAGGCAUCAACAUCAUCAGCAAUCUAUCCUUUAUUGAAAGGUUUCGUACCUCAAGUAAGAUUGAUGGUGAAGCGGCGUACUGUAUGACGAAUCUGGAGGCUGCCAUAGUCUUUCUGGAGAAUGUUGAUCUUGCCAGUCUUCGUGAAGAUGAGCUCCCACAAGGUCCACCAAAAUCUCCAAGUCGGCCAGCUACGCCAGCACAGUCUUUGCAAGCACUGUCACGGGCGACUUCUUCGUCUCCUGCACAUUCGCCUGCAGGGUCAAUAUCUGAGAGGUCUGAUAGCCCGCACCCAUCUAACAUGAUGCCACCUCCAAGUCGACCUACCACAAUAACCUCUACGUCAUCAACAUCCGCCCAAUCGUUACAAACACCUUCUCGGGCGCCACCCCCAUUGCAUCAGCGACGACUAAGCAGUCUCCUGAAUCCGCCAGCAAAGGCUAUAGGGGCUGCCAAUGACGUUGUCCGCAAUACUGCCGAGGAAGGGUUUAAGAAUAUCGGCAAUACCCUAGAUAACAGCUUUAAAUUCCUGUUUGGCCGGCUCAGGGAGCACAACGCUGACGAAUCGCAGCCUUCUAUGCCACAGACAUUGGAGGAGGCCCGCAAGCUGGUGAGCCAGCCUUUGGUUCUGGAUGACACCAUCAGCGAGUCAAGCUCUAUUGCAGAAAAAGACGCUGAGCAGCCGUUAAAACGUGAAGACAAGCUGCUCGGCAUGAUUGGCGGUCGGAAACAAUCUGCAGCGAGAGAGCGCAGCGUUGAUAGCCUUCAUUCCAACGGAAGCGGAAGACGUGUUGUCUCUGCUGCAGCGAAUCCCUCAAGCUCAGCACCCACACCGACAACUCCCAACGCCCUUGAAUCGGUGAAAAGCCUUGGCAAUUCGCUUAAUCCGCUGAGCCACCUAGGCUCCGCAUUUGGUGGAGGUUUCAGAGGGUUUGGAAAGGCGACUCCAGCAGCAUCAUCUGUGUCUACUGAAAAGGAGGAAGCAAAAGUGUUGGGUGCCAGCGCCGCUGCAACGAAAGCUGAGUUGCCUGCAAACAUCGAUCCUCCUAUACAGCGAUUCAUGGAUCUGAAGGACGCAGGUGAAUUGGCGAUUCGAGAUGUUUCGGCUCUGCUCAGUGAUUACCAACGAUUAGCAAAAAUUGUUCAACAGCUCAAAGAGGGUGAGACUCUUGCUGGUUGA